CCUCCAGCUCCAGCUGACGGAGCCGCCGGGACUGAGGACCAAGGACAGGCCGACCGGAGAGGCUCCUCAGCCCGCUGCGGUGCGCGCAAACUCCCGGUGCGGCAGACCCACGGAUCCCCCUCGUGUCCAGAUGUGUCUCCGUCCAGCUGUGCUCGUCACAUUCACCCAGCGAUCAGGAGCUGCCCACUGAGACAACAUCAUGUCCAGCUCUCAGAGGGACAACGGCUGCGCAGAAGCCAAGAAAUCCGACCUGCGGGAGAAGAAGUGCUCUUGGGCCUCCUACAUGACAAACUCCCCGACUGUGAUCGUCAUGAUCGGCCUGCCGGCGAGAGGGAAGACGUACAUGUCAAAGAAACUCACUCGGUACCUCAACUGGAUCGGAGUCCCAACCAAAGUGUUUAACCUUGGCGUGUACCGCAGGGAGGCCGUCAGAGCGUACAAGUCCUACGACUUCUUCCGCCACGACAACGAGGCAGCCAUGAAAAUAAGGAAACAGUGUGCUCUGGUAGCUCUGCAGGAUGUGGGGGCUUACCUGACGGAGGAGGGAGGUCAGAUCGCGGUUUUUGAUGCGACAAACACAACAAGAGAACGUAGAGACCUCAUCCAAGGCUUUGUGAAGGAGAAUGGAUUCAAGGUGUUCUUCGUGGAGUCGGUGUGUGACGACCCUGAGGUGAUAGCUGCCAAUAUUCUGGAGGUGAAGGUGUCCAGUCCUGACUACCCUGAGAGACACAGAGAGAGAGUAAUGGACGACUUCCUCAAACGCAUCGAGUGCUACAAGGUCACUUAUCAACCGUUAGAUCCUGACAACUACGACAAGGACCUGUCGUUUAUCAAGGUGAUAAACGUGGGCCGGCGUUUCCUGGUGAACCGGGUGCAGGACUACAUCCAGAGCAAGAUCGUGUAUUACCUCAUGAACAUCCACGUGCACUCUCACUCCAUCUACCUGUGCCGCCACGGAGAGAGCAACCACAAUGUGGAGGGCCGCAUCGGGGGGGACUCCGAGCUUUCUCCUCGAGGGAAACAGUUCGCCCACGCCCUGAGAGGCUUCAUCGAGGAGCACCAACUGUUGGAUUUGAAGGUUUGGACGAGUCAACUGAGGAGAACCAUCCAGACGGCGGAGGAGCUCGGGGUUCCUUAUGAACAGUGGAAGAUUCUCAACGAGAUCGAUGCUGGUGUGUGUGAGGAGAUGAGCUAUGAGACGAUCGAGAACACUUUCCCAGAGGAGUUUGCUUUGAGAGACCAGGACAAGUAUCACUAUCGCUACCAGGGAGGAGAGUCCUACCAGGAUCUCGUUCAGCGACUGGAGCCGGUCAUCAUGGAGCUGGAGAGACAGGGCAACGUGCUGGUCGUCUGCCACCAGGCCGUGAUGAGAUGUUUGUUGGCGUACUUCCUGGAUAAAAGUGCAGAAGAUCUGCCGUACAUGAAGUGUCCGCUCCACACUGUGCUCAAACUCACACCUGUGGCAUAUGGUUGCAAAGUGGAACUGUUUUAUCUGCACGUGGAGGCAGUGAACACACAUCGAGACCGGCCCCUUGUAAAUUCCUCUCAUCAAGCUGAAAAAUCACAUUUCUUACAUAAAUGUGAUUUCACCAUUGUUGAUUUAAAGCCACAGACGUUGUCACAUUUGUAAAGUAUGUGUGUGUUGUUUACUCUCAUAAAAUAAUUCACAAUUUAUCAGCAAACCACAACAUUUAAUCUAGACUCUAUCGGGCUCCUGUCUGUUGUAUCCACUAGUUUAAUGCUUGUUUGUGAUGCCUUUCUUCUUUAACUCCCUCUUUUUAAUCCCUGUACCUUGAAUCUUGAACCUGCCUGCAGCUCAGCUUAUUAAAUGAAAUGUUUUAUAUGUUAUGGACUGAAGCCCUGGCUGAUCAUGCUGCCCUGCUGGGCUGAAAUAAUCAUUAUUACCAUAGCUGUGGUUAUGGAUGAAUGAAAAGCUGUAUUUUAGCUCCUUUGAAAUAUUUUAAAGGUUUGCACUGUUAAAUGAAGAGAA